AUGGAGAAAAUUAGAAAAGCAUACGGCAAGCUUAAAGAUUCCACGAAGGUUGGCUUAGCCAAGGUCAAAAGCGAAUUCAAGGAUUUAGAUAUUGCUAUUGUUAAAGCAACAAAUCAUGUUGAAAGCCCUCCAAAAGAAAGACAUAUUGCAAGAAUUAUUGUGGCAACAUCGAUUACAUGCCCACGAGCAGAUGUUGCCUACUGCAUACAUGCACUUUCUAGACGAUUGUCAAAGACACGCAACUGGAUUGUUGUGAUAAAGACACUGAUUGUUAUUCAUAGGGUGUUGCGAGAAGGUGAUCCUUCAUUCAAGGAGGAACUACUACGCUGCUCUCAGAGAGGGCAUAUUUUUCAACUAUCAAACUUCAAGGAUGACUCAAGUCAUCUUGGUUGGGAUUGCUCAGCUUGGGUACGUACAUACGCGCUCUUUCUGGAGGAAAGAGUCGAGUGCUUUAGGACAUUGAAAAAUGAUAUUGUGGCAGAAAGAUCAACCAAAACUUCAGCUGGAAUAAAUAAGGUGCAUUGUAGAAGUAGGCUUUUGAAUGGAGAAGAACUUUUAGAGCAGCUUCCAGCAUUACAACAACUCCUUUAUCGCUUGACUGGUUGCCAGCCUGAAAGAGGAGCCUGCUAUAACUUUCUCAUUCAGUAUGCCUUGGCUCUGGUGUUGAAAGAAAGUUUCAAGAUCUAUUGUGCAAUCAACGAUGGGAUAAUCAAUCUUGUCGACUUUUUUUUUGAGAUGUCAAAGCCUGAAGCGAUAAAAGCUCUCAGCAUAUACAAAAGAGCUGGACAACAGGCUGAACAUCUCGCUCAUUUUUAUGACUUCUGCAGAGGCUUGGACAUAGCUCGAACCUUUCAGUUUCCUACAUUGAAACAGCCUCCAGAGUCAUUUCUGGUAACCAUGGAGGAAUACAUUAGGGAAGCACCUCAAACGGAUUCGAUGCCAAAUAAGAGGCUGGAGUAUCGAGAAACCAAGCAGAAACCUGAAAAGCCUGAAGAAAUUGUCCCCGAGGCAAGUGAAAACAAAGUUCCAGAAGCUAAAAAUAGUCAAGUAAAACAUGCUGAAGUACAAGAGGAAACACUGCCUAAAAAGGAAGAAACACCACCACUGAUAUCAAGAGAAGAACCUGUUGAUUUGCUGGGCUUGAAUCAAGUGGAUCCAAGAGUUGCAGAAUUAGAGGAAAGAAAUGCAUUGGCUCUUGCAAUCAUUCCACCUGGAAAAGAAAAUCCAUCAGCUAAUAAUCAAGUGGGUGAAACCGGGAAAACAUCAGGAUGGGAAUUGGCUCUUCUUACAAAACCGAGUAACAAUAGAAGCAAAAUCACACCAGAUAAAGAAUUGGCUGGGGGAUUCGACAAGUUAUUACUUGACAGCUUGUAUGAAGAUGAUGCAUCUAGGAGGCAAAUACAGCUGCAACAGGCAGGGUAUAGUGCAGGGUAUGGGUAUGAAAUGCCUGGACAAAGUUCAGUCAAUCACAAUGACCCUUUUGCAAUGUCAAACCACAUAGCCCCUCAAACAAGCGUACAAAUGAUGGAUCAGCAGCAGCAACAAUACCAAAUGAUGCAACAACAACACAUGAUGCAGCAGCAACAACGACCACAACAAAAUAUGUUGAUGGUACAUCAUCAAUAUCAAGGCCAAUAUUCUCAACAAACGUGGUACAUGGGAUCUUCCAACCCAUUCGGAGAUCCCUUCAGUUAUCCACAACGUGCCAUGCCACCACGGGGAAACCAUCCAUUGAUUUAGAGGUCUUCUUCAAUAAGAAAUACCAUACUCUUCAUUCUUUUUGGCUAGAAGAAUUCUCAUUCUCCUUCAAAAGUUAAUACAUUUAACCAGUCAUGUUCUCCUUUUCAUUGAUUAUUACAUUCACUUCUGUGGUGGAUUUGUUAAUGUGUGAUGUCUAUAGUCUAGCAGCUUGAGGCUCUUUCUCAUCCACUCUGUUAGAUUUUUUUGG